AAUUUAGUUAAAAUUAACCCGACUCCAUGCGUUUUGCAGCCAUAGAGGUUCAGAUGAAUCCUUCUGCUCCUCCCCUGCCGCCGCCUGACCCCGGCAAUUUUUACCUUUUUCCACCUGCACAGCCUUCCUUUACUGGCUUUCACCCGCCGCCGCCGCCGCCGUCAGCCACCAAUUUUACGCCUCGCCUUUUCUUCCCUCCUGGCUUUCACGUCCCUCCCCCCGCCACCACAACAACUGCCGAGGCAUCUGAUGUCCAGACCGCUCUCUCCACUCUCAAUUCGCUUCUGCGCUUAUCUAAAACCACUCUCAGUUCUCUCUCCGGCAUACUUCCGACUACUUUUCCCUCUCCGGCGACUGCUCUAAUUCCAUGUCCUUUUAACCCCACCCACCGCCUCCCGCCUCCCUCUCUAUUCAACCACAGCCUCCACUGCUUUCCGUCGUCAUCGUCUGCUGAAUUGGAUUCUCUAAUUCAGGCCUGCCGGUACCCACACAGUCUCCACUCCUCUGCUGAGGGAAACAAUAUCCAAUUCAAUCAGUCUCUCCACGACCCCCAAGCCGAACUAUGCUUCUCCCUCGAAAACUACUCUGGUUUUGACCCGAAUAGUUUCUUAUACUCCGACUGUCCCGGAGUUGUAAGCUUCCCCAGUAAGGACUCCUCUCCUCCAAUGCUUACUCUGCCCAGUUUCUUAUUAUCUGAAUGCUCAAACUUCGGGAAAAAUAGCACUAUAGAUCCGAAGAAGGUUCCCAUUGACCAUACAGAGCUUCUUCCUUCCGAGAUAUACGCUAUUAGGUCUGAAAUUGAGUCGUGGAAUGACUUUCCAUGUAGCUAUUCUUACAGAGUUGUCCGGGCUAUGUUGCGGCUUGAAAUGAUCAGUAUGUGCUCUUUGCCAACAUGGGUGAUUGCAAAUUCGCCUAAAUUCGGCAUAGUAAUUGAUCCUGCAAUGAGUAGUCAUAUUGUUAUUUUAUUGAAGCUGUGUUUGAAAGCUAUUCUCAGUGAAGCUAUUGGGUUAGCUAAUGCACAUAUGAAACUGGAAGGGGGUGAGGAAUCAAUUUUGAGUGGAUGUAGGCUUGAUUGUCCAAUAUUAGCUAGAGUAUUAGUGUGGUUGGCCUCCCAUCUAUCUAUAUUGUACGGUGAAACGAGCGAAGCUACAGAAAUAUCAAAAUUAGACAUAGUCAACAAAGAUAGUGAGGAGCCACAAGUAAGUAGCAAUUCAAAUAGAAGUACAAAGCAGAACAAAGGAAACAAUGUAGGAGCUGGAGGGCUGAGUAAAAUCAUGAUUUCUGUUUCUCAAGUAGCAGCAGCUGUUGCUGCAUUGCACGAAAGAUCAAUACUUGAAGGAAAGAUAAGAGCGUUACAGAAUGUGCAGCAACUUUCUGCAUUCCAAAGAAAUGCUGAGCAUGAAGACAUGGCAAGAAGAGCUGAUGAGGAAAGACAAAAGCGGCCCGAUUAUAAAGCUUUAAUUGAUCACGAUGGGCUUCCUUGGCAUAGGUCACACAAUCAGGAAACAAAUAAAACAAAGACAAGAGAGGAGUUGCUAGCUGAGGAAAGGGAUUACAAGCGCAGAAGAAUGUCAUAUCGUGGCAAGAAGUUGAAGCGUUCAACAACACAGGUGACAUUCAGUACCGUUUUGUAAUGUUUUUUCCUUGAAAAACAGAUAAGGGGGCCUUGAAAGAAUCGAUUAAGAUGUUGAUGUGUGACCAAGAGGUCACAUUUUCAAGAUUUGGGAGCGGCCUCUUGUCAAAAUUAAAAGGGAAGGCUUACCCACUAUACACCCUUUUGGUGGGACCCUUCCCCGGAUCCUCGCCUUGUGAGGACUCCAAUGUGCACCAGACUGCUCUUUUUUAUAUCUUGAAAAUCAGAGUUUGGAGUUUCAAUUCAAAAAUUAAAGCAUCUACCAAUCCUUGAGUGACGGCCUGUCUUUAUUAAGAGUUAUUUGGCUGAAGAAAUGACUGAAUCUUCUGAAUUUUCGGAAGGAUAAAUUUUUGGUUUUAUCUACUUCUGCCAAAUAGAUAAAACCAAAAAUUGUUAUGAAGCAACGGUCAGUCAAUGCAAUUUUCGACGCGAUUUUCACUAUGGGUCAUCCGGAAACAAUCUCUCUGUGCUUUGCUUUAGUACAGGGGUAAGACUGUACAUCCGACCCCCCCUUAACCCACCAUAGGUGGGAGCCUUUGCAGCACUGGGGUGAUGAUGAUGAUAAUGAUGAUGAUGAUGAUAUCUACUUCUGCCAAAUAAACAAGUCAGCUAAAUCUUCUUAUUAUUCUGUUUAAGCAGAAAUCCGGAUAAGGUUACCAUCUGGUACUGGACAGGCUUUGAGACAGGAAAUUUCUUAAUGUUUUCCAUUUUGAUUUUAGUUUUCUAUUUUUUAAUUGGAAUCAUAUUUCUUUGGUAUCUGCAUGUGUUAGGUAAUGAGGGAUAUAAUAGAGGAAUAUAUGGAGAGUAUUAAGCAAGCUGGUGGAGUUGAUUGCCUAACAAAAGGAGAAGCACACAAUGAUGCAAACUCCAAUAAGAGUCAAUUGGAAUCGUCUUUAACGAGGGAACAUCCACAUCACUACAUGAUGGAGUCGCACUCUCAUCUCGAAUCCCAGUCAUCAGAUUUCAGAAGUGGCUCUUCCAAAGAUAGAUCAAACCACUCUCAGAGUACUAUGGUUGCAGAUAGAAGUGUUGGGAGAAAUGGACAUAGCACAAGGGAAUAUUCUAGAAGCCCAGAUAGAACCAAUACCAAUUGGCAAACAGGUCUGAGGAGGAAGCAAGGUGACAGAGAAUCAUACAAGGAAAAUUUUUCUCACAGUUCCGGUAAAAAACACCAGAAAUCACAUAAUUAUAACACUCCUCACAAAGAGAGAAUUGAGCAUGGAAGACGGAGGGGAAGGGAAUCAUACGAUGAUUAUAAAUCAGUGUCCACUUCGCGCAAUAAAUUUGAUGACAGAUAUGAUCCUUCAGAAUCUCAUGAUAAUCUAUGAAGGUCAAAUCUAAAUGGCAUGGUAAAGCUGAGUGGCUGAAAAUGUCUGCUGUAGUGAUUGAGCAUGGUUUUCAAGUGAGGUUAAGAUUAAGAAUGUUAAACUAAGUGGUCCUUCCAGGUGUGGUAAGUAUUCAUGAUAAAAAUUUGUCCCGAAUACCACCUUUUAUCGAUUUUUUCCAGAAAGAAGAAUGGGAAUACUAAUAUAAUCUUUUUGGCUGGAUUCCUCUUGAAAUAUUGCAGUAGAAGUGAAACAGGUUUCUGCUGUUUGUCUACAUCUGUAUCCUCCUCUGUAUCCUUAAAAUGGUUAUCAUCAUCAUCAUCAUCAUCAUCAUUAUUAUCAUUUCAUCUACUUACGUUUAUAUUUACGGCUACAUUCUCAUCUUUAAAAGGAGGUACUAAUCAGUAAUCAUCUAUCUUUACUUGCUUGUCUAUCUACUGGUCUGCAUUCUACAAUAAUUUAACUCUAUAAUUACCUAGUACUCCUAAGAUAUCCACCUGACCAGGGAUUCGACUGGGUCAGUGUACCGUCUGUUUGAAAUUCAGAUAUAGGGAUUUGGGGAGAAAUGCUUUAGAGGGCUUAGUGUAUGUGUGCAUGCAUGUGUGUGUGUGUGUGUGUGUAUAUAUAUAUAUAUAGUAAUACAGAGAGAGGGGGGGGGAGUUGUUGAGGUUUUAUAAAAUAGAAAGUUUGACGAUUUUUUUAGUGGAAAGUAAUUUGUAAUUGUAAAAGCUUUCAAUCACAUCUUAUCCAUUUUUAGGAACAUUCUAUUUAUCAAGGUAUAGAUAGACUAAGAGAGUGUUUUCGAUUGCUUCUACUUUGAUAUUGUCAAAAUAGUAAAAUUUGAUAUUGUUUGAGAGAUGAGUGCUUUUGAAAAAUAAAAGCUAGUAGUGUUUCGGUUAAAAGUGUAUUUUGUGUAAUAUAAAAAGUGAAAAGCAGUUCAAAGUGUCCGUCCACCUCUUUUCAUCUUUUAGCUUUUAAGUGUUAAAUUUAUGCAAAAGUUGUCACUUGAAAACACCCAAUUCUGUUUUUAUGCCAAAUGAUGAAAAUCGACCUUUUAAGUUUUUGCAAACACUGCCCAAGCCCUCCAAAGCAUUUCUCUUCAAAAUCCUUCAUCCAAAAGGACCCUAUAGAAUACAAACAGUUCGCAAUUCUUGUAGCUAUGCAGUAACACAUGCUGAAGAUCACACCUCGACGUUUUACAAUCUUUCUUGCGAUAGCUUCUGGGAUAAGAUCAGGGUGAAACACAACGGUGCUUAUAUUUUCAUCACUUUUCAAACCCUCAUUAGCAUUCCUUCUUGAAAAUUUUGAACUCUCUUGUAUUUAGUUUAUGAAUGAGUGGGGGUUGACCUGUUUACUCAUAGCUAUAUAGAACAAAUCACGUUUACUCUUGGAUCAUUAAGAUAUGCAGUAGAAAACCACGUGUUGAUAAUAGUCUCUAGGGGAGACAAAUUAGAUAGGAAAAAAUAUAUUGGACAUUUAUACCAUAGACAGGUGGUGGAAAAGUAGGUUGUUUGUAUAUGACUUUUUAUUAGAAUGCAUGCAAUGUAAUGUCUGUGUUGUGGAACAACCGGUCGAUACAGUGUCCACGACAACCUAGUAAUACACGUGGUAUAUAUUAGCAACUAUGUGUUUGGAAAAAUAGUUGAGCCUUUACUUUAGGUCUGAACUCUGAACAAGUCGCUUUAAGCCCUUGUUUGAUUAGAGGAAUUUUUUUUAGCAAAGGAUUAGAGGAAUUUUAAGGAGAGUAAUGUGUUGAUUUGUUUGGGGGGGGGGGGGUGUUCAUAUCUCUGAAGCGUUCAUAUCUCAAAUUUAGCAGAGUCACUUUUCUGUAACUUUGUUCACUUCCCCCCCUUUAAAAUUAUGCUGCAUGCCAUUUUUUAUCAGUUUCUUUUCUCUGUUUUUUUCCAAUGUUGUGCUACAUUAUUAUUGCUAUAUGCAUGGCUAUUAUAUUUAAUUUAAAUUGCAAAAUUUAUUUCAUUUACUUUACUUUUCCAUAAUUCUUUUUGGGUUUUAAAAUUCUAAUCCCUCAUCAUUCUUUUGAACCAAAUAUGUUACUGCCAUUUACUUGUAUAAAUAGAGGAGAUAAUCAGUUAAGCUGUUGAUGAUUGGCAUUCUUAAGCCUUUUCCUGUUGAGUGGUUUUGGAAUAAAUAGAUGGAAAAGGGAGAAGCGUGUAUUUGGUUGGAGGAUGACUUAUAUUGAGUGAUUAUUUGCUGGUCUGAUCUGGUCUGAUCUGGUCUGGUCUGGUAAGGUCUGGUUUCUUUGUAUUUUUAUAACUAUCCAAGUCUGGUCUGAACUGGUCUGGUCUGGUUUGGACUGGUCUGGUCUGGUCUGGGGCAAAUUACGGUCCAAGUAAAAACAUCUUAAUUGUUUGAACAUCAGUUAUUAAAAUCAUUCUACAAACAGUGAAACAGGUUCCGUAUAUUUAAUGACAGUAAUAUUGCUUUGGUUUUAUUGGAGGAUGAAAGUCAAGUCCUCUAAAGUUCUCAUAUUUCACUUACAAAUCUGGUAGACUUAUAUUGAGUGAUUAGUUUUCAGACAUUAGUAGUUAUCAAAGUCAAAGGGGAGCCUAAGGAUGUUUUUACUUGGAUUGUAAUUUGUCCCAGAUUAGUCCAGAUCAGACCAGACCAGACUUGGAUAGUUAUAAAAAUACAAAGAAACCAGACUAGACUAGCAAAUUACAGUCCAAGUAAAAGCAUCCUUAGAGCCUUGGAGCACCUUUUAAGACGGAUUCUGCUGUGCGAUUAAGAGGUUAUGAGUUCAAUUUUUGAGUGGUCUCGUGUCAAAAUUUGAUUGGGAAAGUCUUGUUCUUUAUACACCUAUGUGGUGAGACGCUUCCCUGCAUACACGUUUUUGCUGAUGCCUUUUUGCACCGGCUGGCAAAUAAAACAAAUACUUCUCAAAAUUAUUCUACAAAUAAUUUGUUUUGCCUAUAAUUAUUUUAAUAAAAUAAUUGAAAUACAAUGGUAGUCAUAUUGUAUUGGACCUAGCAUCCACAUGGUUCGGCCUAAUCGCAAUUCCGAAUCUUCAACACAUCAUGGUUAGGCCUGGACUCGGGCUGGCGGUUCUGGAAUGGGGGGCCCGGAACCGGCUCGGGUAAUCCCCGGUUCCGGGCCGGGCCUGGCCUUGUUAAUUUUUUUUUUUUCCUUUUCCUAGUUAACCCCCAACCCCCCCCCCCCCAAACCACCCCAAACGGCCCAAAAUACCCAGCCCAACCCGAAAAGCAAAAAAAAUUGAAAAAAAUAAAAAAUAAAAAGGCCCGGAACCGGGCCGAACUGGCUGGGCUGGUUCAGGAUUUAGGGGACACGAGCCCGGACCGGAACCCGCGCGGGUCGGGCCUGCCCGGACCGGUCAUUGACCGGGCCAUCAGGCCGGGCCGGAAUGGUGCCGGUUCGGGCCGCUCGGCCCGAGUCCAGGCCUAAUCAUGGUCACUCAUGCUCAGCAUAAAGGUUGCCAGGUUGGUAGUCACAAACCCUACGCUUGCCCGAAGACAUGGUUAGUCCUAUGCCCGAUCAGCCUAAGUGUGCUUAAUUGCUUGGUGGAGUCGACGCUGGUCAACACGCAUCAAGUUGGCACGCAUGCAUGCAUUUGUUGUUCGAUUUUAUGUAAGGAGUGUUUCGGUCUAUUAUGAGGUAUAUGAUCAACACAACCUCAAUGGUUGUGUUGAUCACUGGUUCCUAGAGUUUCAACUUUCAAGUGGAAUGAAAUAGGUACGGGCUGUAUUUCUCAAAAACGAACCCAAACAAAUGCUCCUAAUUUGAGCUCGUUGAUGUCACGGUUGGCUAAGAUCAAUUUGUCUUGCAUAAUUUGUUUUGUUUUUUUUUUUGCGUAAUUGCGUUACCUCUUUUAUACGGAGCAACUCUUUUGAUACUGUAGAGUUAAGAUAAGCUUUUCCAGGGUUGGUUCUUGGUUGACUUAGGUUAAACAAAAACAACUGAGAUCUAUGAACAAAGGUAUUAUACAUUCUCCUGUCCACUCAUAGAGAACCAUCUCUCAUUUGUUCUACGUUAUUAUUAACGAUAGUAAAAUGUUUAGGCAUUCCAAUAAUGAAGAUUAAAAUUGAGCGGUAUCACAAUAACACACUUUCUAAGAAUAAAAUACUCCCUCCAUACCUUAUACCUUUGUCAAAAGUUUGAUGCGCACGUGAAAGGGUAAAAUAUGUGUGGAUAGUGUGGUUAACAACAUAUCUAAUGCUGCAUUGCUGCAAUGUGCACGAUGCACAUGUGGCAUGAGAGAUAUAGACACAAAAUAUUGAUUUUAUGACAUUUCUCUCUUAUUUCCACGGUCUUAUGUGUUUUUAGUAAGUUUUUGUCUGCAAUGUCAACUACAAUGUCUACAUCUAGACAUUGUGCUCGACAUUGUGAAAAAAAACUUAUUAAAAUGAUAUAAGAUAUUUCAAAUAAGGAGAGAGAUAUUCUAUUUAUUGUUUUUUGAUUUGUUAUUUCUCAUGUCACGUAUGCACCAUUAACGUCUUAGCAUUGAAGAUGCUCUAAGUUAUGGAGAGAAAAUUAACAACAAUUGUAAUACGUAGUAUAUGAUAGCUAUAUAUGUUAUUUGCGAUAACACUAGAAAGUAGUCAUCAAUAUCUUUUGCAAUAUCCAAAUUUGUCUUAAGCUACUAAUAUAAGAAGAAGUUAGUAUCGGUCCCUAGUUUUGAUUUCUUUAAUUACAUGAAAGACAAGUUUGUUAAUUGUGAUUAUCUCUUUUUCAUUAAUAGUAAGUUUGACAAUUCAGUGCUUGUUUCUUAC